UGCUGGCUGCCGCCGUCGUAAAGCAACAAAGCCAACAACAGCAACAGCAACAACAACAACAACAACAGCAACAACAGCAACAUCAACAACAAGAACAACGAUAAAGAUAGAGACAACCGACGGCAAUUGAGAAAUCUUCAACGAAUAAGCCAUGAACGCACUCGACAUGAAUAAACAAUUCCUGAGCGUCUCCCAGGAGCAGCAUCCGCACUCGGACGACGACCAGCACAGUCGCUCGCGCUCGGAGCGUGCCUCCAGCCUGGCGCUGCCUCUCAACUCCCUGCUGGACUUUUACGACAAGCAGCAGGAGCAGUGCAAGUCCGUCACCCUGCUGCCACUGCCCAGCAACAGCCACAGCAGCAGCAGCAGCAGCAGUAGCAGCAUCGUGCGACGCCACUCCUCCCACUACUACCCCAUGCUCGAGGAUAAGCAGAAGCCUUCGCAGCUGGCUCACGAGGCCAAUGAAAUGCUGGACCUGAAAUACGGCAAGUCAGCGCCGAUGGGAGGAGCCAUCGGGACAGCCAAGGCCAAGCAGCAGCUGGUACGUGUGGAUACGCCAGUCACGCCACCGCCGCCCAUACCGCGCCGCAUGCUGCGAGGCAAGUCCGGCUGGCCGCCGCAGCCGAGUCCAGCCGGACCGGAAGGCGCCCACGGCAUUGGCACCGUGUUUGUUUAUCCGCAGCCAGCAAACGUGACCACAGAGGCGGCCGGGGUGCAAUCAUCACUCCUUGUUGACGUAGCCACACGUCCGGCGUACGGAUAUACGGAUGCCGAUGGCAUUUCCGAUGACGACCGCACGAGCCUGGAGAACUCCGUGUUCGACGAGUCGCUGACCUCCACACCUGUCAAGGUCGCCGGCUACCAUGCCAGCCGGUACGCCGGGCUGGGCCACAUGACGAAGCGGGCUCAGCGCUCCUCCAGCAGCACCGUGGACUCCGCCUACGGCUCCUCGGGUGGGCACAGCGAGCGCUUUGCCUCCAGCUCGACCAGCGUCGAUUUUCGCAGCCGCUUCUCCUCGGUGGACACACAGUCCUCGCUCGACGAGAAGCCUUCGUCCAUCUCCAUUGACUCGCCCCUGGCCAAGGACACGUUCCGGCUGGAGCGCGACCGAGAACGAGCCGUCGUCGGCAACGAUGUCAUGCACAAGCUCAACAACAACAAUCUCAGCCUCGGCCCCGGUGUCGAGUUGGCCAGCAACAACAAUAUCGUCGUCAACAGCAGCAGCAGCAGCACCAAGCUACCGACGGUGCCGGCCCGAAAGCAGCCACCAGUCAAGAUUUCUACUCCAUGCAGCGGCAGCGGCAACAGCAACAACUCUGGGGGCGAGUCCAACAAGGAAACCAGCAGCGUUUCCGCAUCGGCCUCCACAUCGUCCGCCGCAUCGGCUGGCUCCAGUACCAUAUCCAGUGGAACCAUGUCAUCCAUGUCGCUGGGCUUGGGCAUCGCGCCCACGGCCGCGUCCGCGUCUGCGUCCGCGUCCAGUCAAGUUCCUGUGGCCGCUGCUGGCAAUUCAAACAUCAGCCAAAAACGUCCAGGGCCACCGGAGCCACCACAGCGAAUGAACAGCUCUUUUGAUUCCGUGGACAGUGCCCCCAGGGUGCACGCGGCACCGCCUUUGACAGUGCGCAACAAACUGAGAGGCAACAAGCCGCCACCGAUUGUCUACCCGAAGAUGCAGCAGCGCCAGGACUCGACCCUGUCCAGCGACAGCUACUCCAUCAGCUCCAGUCCCGGCUACAACUCGAAGCUGAUGGAGGUGCCGCUCCUGCCCUUGGCAGCGUCGAGCCAGAGUGGUCGCAAGAGCAACAAUCCGGGCGUGGCCCAGCGCCAGCAGACUUCGCUCAUGGACAUGGCACCCACACGCUUCGGCAAGCACGCGCAGCCGGCAGUGCCGCCGCCGCGCGGAAAGAUUAAUUUCCGCCAGGACUCGACCAUUUCCAGCGAUAGCUUCAGCCAGACGUCCAGCCCCGGCUACAACUCGAAACUCAUGGAAGCCCCACUUCUGCCCUCCUUGUCGGCAAAGCGCCUGUGCAGCGCCCCGGCUCCGAUUGUCUGCCGCCAGGGAGUGCAGCACGAGCCCAUCGAGGAGCUGGAGCCACCGCAGACGCAUUCGCCGCUGAACAAGGCGAGUGCACCGCCCAGCAGCCUGCAGACGAUUGUGCGCUUCCAGAACGGAGCACCCCACACCAUGUCCUUGCAGCACCAGAUAAUCAACCGACGCAAGAGCUCCAAUCCGUACAUCACCAACGGACGCUUGAAGUUCCGCCUGUUCCAGAUCCUGAUCAACGCCUUCGCCCUGCUGGCCAUUGCCGGGGGCCUGGCCGCGUACUUCAAUGCCUAUCCGACCAUCAAGUUCGUGAACAAGACCAUCAUCAACACCAUCCACGUGGAGGAGAACUCGAGCUUUGGCAAGAACCCCGCCCCAGGCACCUGUCUGCCCAUCAUCGUGCGCUUCUGCCAGGGCUCCCAGAUACCCUACAACUACACGGUCUUCCCCAACUACAUCGGGCACUUUGGUCAGCUGGAGACGCAAGUGGACCUGGACUCGUAUGAGGCCCUGGUAGACGUCCGCUGCUACGAGCUCGUCUCCCUAUUCCUGUGUACGCUCUUCGUGCCCAAAUGCGGUCAGAGUGGUGCCACAGUGCCACCCUGCAAGACGCUCUGCACAGAGACCAUGCGCCGCUGCGGCUUCUUCUUCGAUGUGUUUGGGCUGAGCCUGCCGGAGUAUCUGAACUGCAAGCUCUUUAAGGACUUCCCCAGCGCUGAGGACUGCGUGGGUCUGGAGGAGGUGCGUGACGUUAUGAUAGCGGCCUCGAAUCCCAGAUGCGACGGCUUCCAGUGCGACCAGAACCGAUGCCUGCCGACGGAGUACGUCUGCGAUGGCCACCUCGAUUGCAUGGACCAGACGGACGAGGGAAGCUGCGACCGGUGCGGCCAGGACGAGAUCUACUGUGGCGACAGCCAGUGCAUUGGAACCAAGCACAUCUGCGAUGGCAUCAUCGACUGUCCGUACGGCCAGGAUGAGCGCAAUUGCCUGAGGCUGAGUGAGCGGAAUGGGGAUGUGGGCGCCGGGGUGCUGGAGGUCUACCGCAUCGGUCAGCGCCAGUGGAUGCCGGCCUGUGUGAAGAACUGGGAUCGGGCCGUCUCCCCUAGCGCCGUGUGCUCCAUCCUUGGCUACUCGGCCGUGAACGCCACCAGUGUCCUGACUCAGCGCACCCAUCGUCCGCUGCUGGCCUCGGUGAACGUCUCCACAGACAUCUGGAAGAUGUACGCCAAGCGACGCUCCACCCUGAUGCAGGAGUUCGCAAACUGCAAGAAGACCGAGGACUACCCCAUGGCCGAGCUAACCUGCUCCAACUAUGAGUGCGGCAGGGUGAAGCGUGGACGCCACAAGCCCUCCAGGCGGAUCAUUGGCGGCAGUCAGGCCAAUCCCGGCAAUUGGCCCUUCCUCGCCGCCAUUCUGGGUGGACCCGAGAAGAUCUUCUACUGCGCCGGCGUCCUCAUAUCCGAUCAAUGGGUGCUCACUGCCUCCCACUGCGUGGGCAACUACACCGUCAUCGACCUGGAGGACUGGACCAUACAGCUAGGGGUGACGCGCCGCAACUCCUUCACGUACACUGGCCAGAAGGUUAAGGUGAAGGCGGUCAUUCCACAUCCGCAGUACAACAUGGCCAUUGCCCACGACAACGACAUUGCGCUUUUCCAGCUGGCCACUCGUGUAUCCUUCCACGAGCAUCUGCUGCCCGUCUGCCUGCCGCCGCCGAGCGUGAGGAAUCUCCACUCCGGAACACUCUGCACCGUCAUCGGAUGGGGCAAGCGCGAGGAAAAGGACCCCAAGUCAACGUACGAGUUCAUAGUCAAUGAGGUGCAGGUGCCCAUCAUCACGCGCAACCAGUGCGACGAGUGGCUCGACAACCUCACCGUCUCGGAGGGCAUGGUAUGCGCCGGCUUCGACGACGGCGGCAAGGAUGCCUGUCAGGGCGAUUCGGGCGGUCCUCUGCUCUGUCCGUAUCCGGGGGAGAAGGACCGCUGGUUUGUUGGCGGCAUUGUGUCGUGGGGCAUCAUGUGCGCCCACCCAAAGCUGCCCGGCGUCUACGCGAACGUGGUGCAGUAUGUGCCGUGGAUCCAGGAGCAGAUGCAAAAGCAUGCGCGACCCAUCGCCGAGGAGCGUGUCAACAAAUAUGAUUUGCAUCCGGGCGGCCCUGACAUGCUCUCCAAAAUAGCCACGGAUCCCAUGCGGAACGGGAAGCCCUACUACUACACUCACGGCAAGGUCAUGACCCAUGACUAGACGCAGACACACAUAUAACAGAUGUCAUGUAUAUGAUGGGAAUAAGGAGCUCGAUGAGACGCACGAGAGACAUUAGGGGACAGAGGCAGGAAAUGCUUGAGUACAGCAUUUGUGCAUCAGCGGUUGCUGCACACUCUGACGAGUGGCGGCGAGUGGCGGAGAGGAUAUAUUUUGCUACUGAACUUACGGUACCGUAAACCGAUUGGGCAACAUAAUCAUGUGUCAAUUUGCCGAAUUUAUUUGUCAAUUUUUUUACAAAGAGAUUUCUAUGAACCCAAAAAAGAGCAAGCAAAGCAAAACCAAAGAUAAUCCAAAGCAAACCAAACCAAACCAAACCAAAAAGGCGAAACUAUAUGUCAAUAAAUAUUGAAUACCCGAUUUAUAUAUUUACACAUAAUAUAGACACACACACAGAUAUAGAGUGUACCCUAAAAUACAAAUGUAUGUAGCCGAUUAACAGGUGUCUAAAAAAUGUGUCUAAAUAUCCCAGUCGUCCCGGACAAUAAAUCAAUUUCAUAGCUGAAUUUCGUGUUGGAAGGUCCUGUAAACGGAAGCCUUUAUAUAAAUAAGAAAACGGCAAGCAAAAUCAUUCAAUUAGUCCCCAACAAAAAUGUAUGAUUGCCGCAAAAUAAACACACAAAAAUAUAUAUCUACGUGCGUGUAGUACAUAAAUAUACAUAUAUAAAUAGAGAGAAAAGAAAACAAAAUAUGGUAGAUACAAGACGAUUAAGUGUUAAAAACCGAAAUGGAAAAUAAGUGAACAAAUUGAAGUGAGAAUCUGAAAAGUAACUAAAUGCAAACAAGCGGAAACUUGUUGCUGAUCUACAGGUGUUCCUGUUGCAGAGUCUUUUUCCCAAGAGCUGUUCAUAUACCAAAGAAUCUACAAGGUAAACCAAAAAGAGAAACGUGCAGUUGACAAUAAAGAUAACAACAAAUGCACAAUAAGCAAAUGAUUGCAUUAGUCUGUAAGUAAUGAAAAUACUAACUACAUAUAAUGCGUGGGUUUCAGCUUUAAAAACACGAAAGAACAAAGAGAAAUGUCACAUGGAACAGUACAGAAUAUAAACACAAACACAAACAUACACAAAAACAAAAACAAACAUGUAUCUAGAUUCUAGAUUCUAGAAUGCGAAUCUUAUAAUAGCAUAAUAAGAUGAGCGAUAAAAAGAUGUGCUUGUAUUACAUAUGUAUUUACCAUUCACACCACACACCCGGUGAUGUGAAUAACAGAGUGUCUACAUGCUUCUGGCUAGGAAUUAGACAUACUAAGAAUGUAACUAAAUAUUUAGAGCUAUUUACAUAUCGACUCAACUCGUUUCGCAUGUGCCCCAACAAAGACUAUCACCAUGAUUUUCCACUCAUCCCAUGCCUCGAACCUGAACCUAUGCCACGCUUCCCUUUGGCGUAGCGUAGCCCUUAGUAGACAGUACUAAGGUAAAGCUACAUAUUUUGCUAACCGAAAAGGGGAGAAAAGAAACGUAGGGAAAUGUAAUGUAAAAUAUGCGUAACUAAAGACUCAAAAUUGGUUGUUUCAGCUGACAGAAUCCACACACCAAACACCACACACCACACACAAAGAAACAUCACACAAAGUUGAGCUUCGAUAAUUGUACAGCUUUGAUACUGUUUUCAAUGGUAAGUAAUCGGAGCGAGAACUUCAUGUGCUCGAUCGGUUACCAAAACCAACCUAUGAUUUUUAGCUAAAACUUGUUGUAAUGCUUCGGACAAGAAAUGCUAACCUAUAACCGCGUUUACUAGUAGCUCUAGUUGGCCUGUAUACAAAAAUAUAGCUAUACAUACAUACAUAUGUGUAUAUACAUAUAUUAUAUACAUGCAUGUUUUGUACAAUCAGUUUACAAGUGGAAAAACGGUAUAACUAGUUUUAAUUGGGGGGUUAUGAGCGCAUAUUACACAAGGCACAACAGCAUGUUUAAGAGGAACAUGCACAGAGAUAAUAAAUAAACAAAAAAACUACAAGUCAUGUAACAGAACAUAUAUACAAGAAAUAUACAUAUAACGGAAUAUAUAUAUUCUAUAUAUAUAUACACAUAAUGUAGCUGUAGCUUGUAAGCAGAUGUGAUGGUGUCUAAAUUUAUACAUACAUAUACGCAUAUUACCACAAGUGGAAAAGCUUAGUUUAUACACAAACGAAUCUGUGGCUUUCGUAGAAUGAACCGAUGACAACAGAUGAGAUAAAGAUAUAUCAAUGACAAUACAAACAUACCUACAUAUUAAUAUAUUCAUAUACACAUGAGUACUAUGCUUAUUUCGAUUUACUGCAUUAUAUAUGGAGAGUUAUGUAAAUGCACUUUAUGUUUCACCUUUUCCACUUCAGUUUCUCGAUCUUACUGGUAUUCAUUUUGCAGUUCUGAUCCGUUCCAUCCGAUGGAUGUGGAUGGAUCGUCCACUUCGAGAGGAGCUAUUUUUAUACACCCGUGCUAGAGGCAUGCUCCAGGCUACUAUCAAAACGCUUAGCUUUAUGUACAAUUAGUCUA